UAUUAUGCCGCUCUCUUCUAUUUCUUAUCUAUCUAUGCAACUUUAGUGAAUAUUACCAUUGUUCGAUCAAUCCCAGGAAGCUACAUUGGAAGAAGCAGUGCCCUCUCCUUCUUAUACCCUAAUUCCCAUCUAUAUCCCUACUGCUCCUAUUGAAGUUUGCUUCACAAAUCACAAUAUUGCAGCGGCAUGCGCAUCAUACGGAAAACAUCCCUAGAUCAUCAACAAAAUUGAGGACUCCAGCAGUAUAUAUAAUCAACAUCUUGUUAUAUCAUAUAUGAGAUGGCAUCAUCAUCAUCCUCAAGUAAUCUUGAAGAAAGGCACGAGGUGUUCCUUAGUUUCAGAGGUGAGGACACAAGAAAGACUUUCACGAGCCAUCUACAUGCUGCUUUCAAAAGGAUGGAAAUUAAUACCUACAUAGACUACAACCUUGAGCGAGGGGAUGAAAUAUCAGGGACUCUUCUUAGGGCCAUCGAAGAUGCAAAGCUCUCUGUGAUUGUCUUCUCCAAAAACUUUGGAACAUCCAAGUGGUGUUUGGAUGAGGUCAAGAAAAUAAUGGAAUGUAAGAAAACAAGGAGACAAAUGGUAGUGCCUGUGUUUUAUGACAUUGAGCCUACCCAUGUACGAAAUCAAACGGGAAGCUUUGCAAGUGCAUUUGCUAGACAUGAGGAGCGAUUUAUGGAUAGGCCAAACAAGGUGCAAAAAUGGAAGGAUGCUCUCCGAGAAGCAACCAAUCUCUCUGGGUGGGAUUGCUCCGUUGAUAGAUUGGAAUCUGAAAUUGUCGAGGAAAUUGCUAAGGAUGUGCUGCAAAAAUUAAACCGUGUAUAUGUUGGAGAUUUAGAUCAAGAAAUUGCAAAGUAUAAGCAACUUGCAACACAUCAAUGGAGAUAUUUUCUAAGGGCACCUCAUGCAGCUGGUCUAUUCCAAAAUUAUCAAGCAACUCUGAAACACAUCGACAAACUCGAAAUGGAGAGACAUCAUCGUUUGCUUCGCACACCUCCCAACAUGUACACAGAUGCUGAUGGUUCAAAUGCAAACAAUGAUUUUUACAAUAUGUGGUCUAAUAUAUUUAGAUUUUAAUAAUUUAGACAUACUAUAUUGUAUUUAUACUGUUUGAACAAUACAUGUACAUUGUACUCCAUGUAUGAAUGUGAUAUGUGAAGUUACGGAUAUGUUAAUUUCUUUAUCAAA